AUGAGCGCGGAGUGCACGAGCUACUACAGCGCAGAGCGCGACUUCAUCAGCGCCUUCACGUGCCCGAGACCAGGAGGAGACGCGCGCGCGCUUUACUGCUGCGGCUUCAACGACGUCAAGUACUGCUGUGACGAUCCGAACAGCUUCUUUCCCUACGAGUACGGGUACAUGUGGUGGCUCAGUGUCGGUGCUCUGGUGGGUUUGUCUAUAGCUGCAGUGGUGCUGCUGGCCUUCAUCAUCACACUGUGUGUGCUCUGUUACUUGUUCAUCGCCACCAAACCCCGGGGCCUCGAUAAUGGUCUCAUGCUGCAGGUGCCAGGAUCUGAGGCUGGUCCUCAAGAGGGUUCAAAUCAGCGCAACACUCCGUCCGGACCCCAAGGCUUCCGCAAGCAUUUUCUGAGGGGCAAACUGCACUGUGACAACCAGCCGGCCGACCCGGAGCGCCUGUUCCAGCGCUGCUACAUGGCCACCGUCACCACCAUUAACGUGGAGGGGCCUUCAUAAAGCACAUCACCGUCUACUGCACGGGUUCUGAAGCUUUAGCAGCUCUACAGACCAU